AUGUCGUGGGGCGUGGGGCAGCACCUGCCCUCUGGGCUCCCCAGGGCCACGCUGCGGAAAUCAGCGUCGAUGUACACCGAAAUACAGCGGGAGCGACCGGACGGCGGGAAUAUCCUGACGCACCCAGACUACAUAGAUGGAAACCCAGACCUCAUCAAGCCUAAAAAGCUCCUAAAUCCUGUAAAAGCCUCGAAGAGCCACCAAGAGCUGCACAGAGAGCUGCUGAUGAACCACAAAAGAGGCUUGGGCGUGGCUUGGGCGUGGCGUGGACAGCGGGUGCUCGAGCACCGCCGGCGAAACCAGCUCCUCAGGCAGAAGAAGGAAGAGGAAGAGGCAAAGAAAUUGCAGUCUCCUUUUGAAAAAGAGCUGUUAAAGAGGCACCAGAGGCUGGAAAAAAAAAAUUUGCUGGAGAAAGACCAGGAGAAGCAGGAAGACCAUGCACCAGAGUUCAUCAAAGUCAAGGAGAACCUGAGAAGAACAUCGACGGUGACGGGGGAUGAGAAAGCAGCGUAG